UCGCGUGCGAGACUUGACCCCCGAGUCAAGAACGACUGCUUCAACCCAAUAAACCAUUCUCCUCUGUAUAACUUCUCCAAUUAACCCCCAAACUUAUACCAUCAAUCUCUGAAUCUCAAUCGCACAGUUUGACUAAUCAUGAACGACUUGUUAUCCAACUCCUUCUCCCAGGCCUCGCCGGACCACCAUGUCAUCGAGAUGGCCUCCAUCGACGCCUCAAGCGACCUCAAGAAGUUCUUCGAAGACGUCGACUUGAUCCAGACCGAGCUCAAUGACUUGCAGAAGCUCAACACCAGCCUUAAGAGUGCACACGAGCAGAGCAAGACCCUCCAUAAGGCCAAGGAGAUCAAGGACCUCCGGACCCGGAUGGAUGCUGACGUGAAACUUGCCCUAAAGGCGGCUAAGCUGCUUAAGGUCCGGUUGGAUGCGUUGGACCAGUCCAACGCCUCCUCCAGGAGCUUGCCGGGGUGCGGUCCGGGGUCGUCCUCGGACCGGACGAGGACGUCUGUGGUGAGUGGGUUGAGGAAGAAGCUUAAGGAUUCUAUGGAGAGCUUCAAUGACUUGAGGCAGAAGAUUUCCUCCGAGUACAAGGAGACCGUUGAGAGAAGGUACUUUACGGUGACCGGAGAGAAACCGGACGACAAAACCAUAGACCUUCUUAUAUCUACCGGCGAAAGUGAGACGUUUCUGCAGAAGGCAAUCCAACAGCAAGGACGAGGCCAAGUCCUAGACACUAUAUACGAGAUCCAAGAGAGGCACAAUGGUGUGAAGGCCAUGGAGAGGAAUCUGAACGAGUUACACCAGGUGUUUCUGGACAUGGCAGUACUGGUUCAAGCUCAGGGUGAGCAGAUCGAUGACAUAGAGAGUCACGUCGAUCGAGCUAGUUCGUUCGUGCAACACGGCAACCAGCAGUUGCAGAAGGCCAGAUUCUUGCAGAAAAACACACGCAAAUGGACCUGUUAUGGUAUCCUAAUCUUGCUCAUCAUCCUCGCAAUCAUAUUAAUCCCCAUAUUGACUAAGUAAGGAUUCAGAUAUCUUAAUAUUCCGGUCAGUUACAACAUCAGAUGCAUAUAAAGUUUUGAUCGAUUUUAUUUUUCUUCAUAUGUAUGGUGGCCUUGUAAGUACAUACUCGACUCUUUUUGUUGGAUUGGGUUUUGUUGUAUACGUAAUUACGUACUUUGUUUUCUCUUGAUGAUCGGGAUGUACACAUUGUUUGAAGAAACUGUUUUUGCGUAAGGUUAGUAGCCUGGCACCAUUUUGAUAAAUAAAUCGAAGUUGUUCACAAGUGUCAUCA